AACAGUUGAAUCGAUGCGGUGGUACCAUGAGGUCGUGAUGCACUGGAACGUGCUUUGUGUCGUAUUUCUGGGGGUGGUCGCGGGGCGCGGCAGUGCCGGGGCGAGAACUAAGUCGCACACCAAGGUGCACGUGCCGGAGUUCGGAGGGUUCGGAGGCCACGACGAGUUCGGGGUGUUCGAGGAGGCGCAGAUCGGCAGGCCGAGCGCGGAGUACCGCUUCGAUACCGACGAUCCCUACGGGUUUGGGAAAGCGAAAAGCGAAGAGUACCGGUAUGACGACAGCCCGUACUACGAGCAGUACAAUGUGAAACCAGAAAUCAAGACCAAGCCGUUGAAGGACGGGUACAAGAAGUCGUGGAAGAUCCUAAGAAGCGAGAAGAUCGAAACGGAGACUAUUGAUAAUCCGGAUGCUGAUAAUCCGGGGAAUAGGUACUUGCGGAAGCAGAAACACAAGGUCAGGGAGAAGUUACCGUACUUAGACAGCACGAUCGGGUACGACCGCGAGUACGCUUAUCCUGUGUCCGAGGUUCAACACGAUCUCGAAAACAGCGAGAAAAAUAUUGAUGUAAAUAACGCAAAGACGGAUCCUUUCUACAGUGAGGGUUACGAAGAGAUAGAUAGAGAUCGCUUCGAAGACAAACCGAAGAAGUACAGCUACUUUUAUAAGUACCCUACGAACGAUGAGUUGUACGACAGAAACGUUCUUUACGUGAAUGCGUACAUCAACAAGAACAACCAAGAGCCAGAGAAAUCCCCUCAGAAAGCAAAACAGUCUAAAAAGUACGACUUCGGCGACCUAAAUUCCGAUUUCCUCAAAACCGAGAAGUACCAGGCUCCAAGUUUUGAUCAUGGUUUAAGUAAAGGUGAACUCUAUCGGAAUUACAAGACUGAUGGUCCUAGUUAUGGUUAUUAUUAAGGGUUUGUUUAGUGUCCACAUUCAGGAGAAGACGAGGUGCUUCUAAAAACUCGCUUGCCAGUACUGCUUACCUCAAAAUUUGGAGGAGUUGUUUUUGUUGUAUUUAUUGUUUUUUACUGAAUGUAGUAAAUAUACUGCUUUGUUGAAGCUAAAA